AUGUACUUGCUUGUUUUUCAUCCACAGGACAACCACCAGAGCGUUUCAGGCAGAUUCCAUCCAACGAAUUUCAGAGUUUUCGACGUGGGUGGUCAGCGAUCGGAGAGGCGAAAAUGGAUUCACUGUUUCGACAACGUCAAUGUCGUCAUCUAUGUAGCAGCUAUUAGCGAGUACGAUCAAGUGCUACGAGAAGACAACAAAACGAAUCGACUCAAAGAAGCUCUCUUGCUAUUCGACGGUGUUGUUAACAACCAAUAUUUCAAAGAUGUAUCUGUUAUAUUAUUUCUUAAUAAAAAAGAUUUAUUCGCUGAAAAAAUAUUAUACGUAUCGUUGAAAGUGUGUUUUGACAGCUAUGACGCCGAACGAGACGGAACGGGCUAUACUGCUUCAGUCGCCUACAUAAGGAAACGAUUCGAGAAUGCUCUCAUCAAGCACUCCAAAAAACCGUAUGUCCACGAGACUUGCGCAACAGACACGAAUCAGGUGCAGGUCGUGAUCAACUCGGUGAUUGACACAAUUGUCCAGGAGAAUUUGAAAGACACUGGAAUGGAUCUGCAAACAGGUCGUCAAUCGGGGAGUAUAGCACGU